UCUCCUUUGGACCGUUUGGCUACACUUUCCAAAAUGGCGACCUCCCUGGGCUCUAAUACUUACAACAGACAGAACUGGGAAGACGCGGACUUUCCAAUUUUGUGUCAGACAUGUUUAGGAGAAAAUCCCUACAUCCGUAUGACCAAGGAGAAGUAUGGAAAAGAGUGCAAGAUCUGUGCUCGCCCCUUUACUGUGUUCAGAUGGUGCCCAGGAACACGGAUGCGUUUUAAAAAGACUGAGGUCUGUCAGACCUGCAGUAAAAUGAAGAACGUUUGUCAGACAUGCCUUCUGGACCUGGAGUACGGUUUGCCUAUCCAGGUCAGAGACACCGGCCUGUCUGUUAAAGACGAGGUUCCUAGAUCUGAUGUGAACAAAGAGUAUUACACACAGAACAUGGAAAGAGAGAUAGCCAAUACUGAUGGCACUCGACCCGUAGGCCAGCUCGGUAAAGCUCCAAGCUCCAGUGACAUGUUGCUUAAAUUGGCCCGAACAACACCAUAUUAUAAAAGGAACCGACCUCACAUCUGCUCCUUCUGGGUGAAGGGGGAGUGUAAGAGGGGAGAAGAAUGCCCCUACAGGCAUGAGAAGCCAACAGAUCCUGAUGACCCUCUGGCCGACCAGAACAUUAAAGAUCGUUAUUACGGCAUUAAUGACCCUGUUGCUAACAAGUUGCUGAUGCGAGCCUCGACGAUGCCCCGCCUGGACCCCCCAGAGGACAAGUCCAUCAGCACUCUUUACAUCGGAGGGCUGGGAGACACAGUAACAGAUGGAGAUCUCAAGAGUCACUUUUAUCAAUUUGGAGAAAUUCGUACCAUCACUAUAGUCCAAAGACAGCAGUGUGCCUUCAUCCAAUUUGCCACUCGGCAGGCAGCAGAGAUGGCUGCAGAAAAGUCCUUUAACAAACUAAUCAUUAAUGGACGGAGGCUCACUGUCAAGUGGGGAAGGUCUCAGGCAGCUAGAGGAAAGGAUGGCGCGAAGGAUGGAGUGAGUGAGAUGGGUACUCCACUGGAUCCUGUGCCUGGGCUGCCAGGAGCACUGCCUCCACCACCAUCUCUGGAUGAGGAGGCUCCUGCUAACUACUUUAACCUAGACCCCAGCUCCUCGUCUGCCAUCAUGAACAUUGCUUUGCCGCCCCCUCCAGGCAUAAACCCCCCUCCACCAGGUUACGGCCCGCCCAUGUUUCACCCCAUGGGUCACAUGGCCCCACCUGUGCCCCCUCCUAUGACAAUGAGACCCCCAGGUACAAUCCAUUAUCCAUCCCAGGAUCCCCAGCGCAUGGGAGCCCAUUCGGCACACGGCUCACGUCCCACCGAGUAGCUGCAGGAGUGAAGAUUGGAUUCCUCAUGUUAACCCUGCUUGGGUGUUAGCAUGUUUAAGGCUUCUGUGGGUCUGAGGACCACAUGUACAAGAAACCUGCACCUAUAGAUACACCCAGCAGAGCAGCAGAUGAAUUCUGUGCUGUGAGAGGAGGCAGAACUUUGAUUAACUAAUAGCAAACAGUAUAAACAACCUCUCAUCAUGGGAGUAUGUGUCUGAUAUGACCAGGACCACACAGAGCCACUGUACAUAUAAAAAAACUUAGUCUUUGGAGUAAAUUUGUCUUUGUCUCAUUUUUUUCAUUGCAUCUCAUAGAGUUUAAUACUGAAAAGUAUUUUUAAAUCUGUUAUCUUCAGUUACUCUUGAUUUGUUUUUCUUUUUUAUUUGACACGAUUGGAGAAUUUAACAUUAUGUUGACUUUGUUAAAUUGUUACAUAUGUCACCUCAUUAAAAUGAAACCCUUGUCAUUGA